AUGGCUGCGGCGGAUCCGCCGGCAGGUCUCAUGGACAUCGCCAGCACCCUCAUCCAGGAUGAGAUUCCAUUCAAGCUGCGAUGCGCCAUCUGCAACAAGCUGGCGGUGAACGCCUUUCGCCUGCCUUGUUGCGACCAGUCAAUCUGCGAGACCUGCCAAACAUCCCUCCCUGAAACCUGUCCUGUCUGUGCACACAGUCCAGUCUCAUCAGAUCUCUGCAAACCAAACAAAGCCCUUCGAACCACACUCAAGGCGUUUCUGCGAACGGAAGAGAAAAAGCGCGAGAAAGACCGUCAGCUGGCUGCUCCCUCCACUCCGGUCAUCACCACCCCCGCAGAACAUGAUGCUAUUCCAAUCGAGAUGAGCACUGAAAAAAAGCCGGUGGAGGAGACUCCAGCCGACACUCUCAAUGUUCCACUGCCAGUGGAGAGCCAGCCAGCUCAGUCAUUCACAGAGCCUGCGUCCGAGGGAGAUGCCAUUGCGGCCAACCCCGAAUCUACUGGUGCGCCUGAAAUGCCUGAAAUGCCCGAACAAACGAUCAACUCCGAGUCAGCUGCUGGUCAGGCCACUGGAGAUGCAGCUGGGCCCAAGAUAAUCCCAACUCCACUUUACGAGGAGACACCAGCUGAGGAUGAAAAUGCUCCGCAAGACCCCUCACAAGAGACUGGCUCUGGGAUGAUGAACAUGGGCCCGGGUGACUUCUCAGGCAUGGGUUGGAAUGCCAAUGGCAAUUUUAACGGGAUGAACCCAUUCAUGGGAAAUUCUAUGUUCAACUUUCCGAACCCAAUGGGUAUGCCAAUGUCGAUGGACCCAAUGGCCGCAAAUCAGGGGAUGUUCGGAGAUUACGGGAUGAACAUGACUGGUAUGGACAUGAACAUGGGAAUGAAUUACAAUGGUCAGGGCAUGUAUGGAUCCUUAGGAUGGGAUGGCUCCCAGCAAAACAUGUGGCAAGGUGGCCCAGAUAAAUUCAAUCCAACUGCUUUCGCAAAUGGCACGGGCCCUCCUUAUGGAGGGGCCUAUGGCGGAUCUAAUAUGUCUUACCCUUCUAACAUGGGCUAUCAGUCUGGGUACUACGGGCCGGGAUAUGGCCGUGGCGGUGGGUUUCGAGGUCGCGGCCGGGGUUACUACCAAGGCGGCCCCAGUCGAGGUGGCUUUGGAGGCCAUGGCCAAACUCAUCCCCCUUAUGGAGGUCCAGUACCUAAUGGCACGACUGAAGGCCCAGAGGGAACCUCCAUUGAGGCUGUUGGUCCCUCUCAAGUGAAUGAAGAUGUCGGUGCAGAACCAGUAUCUGAUAAAGCGGCGGCCUCGGCGGAAACCCCCACCGGAACUGCUCCAGCAGAAACAGAUGUGGCAGACAAUCAGCAACUACAGGGAAUCCCAACCAUUGACAGUCUGGACCAGUCUUCAGUGCCCACUGGGCCCGGUGGCUACCACGGUCAUAUGGGCUCGGGAUACGGACGAGCUGGUUACGCGCAACCCCGAAACCCCGGCGUGGAGGGUGCACCAGCCGCACCGCGUGCGAUGCGGCAAGGCCUGCCCAACACCAGCGUUCUGCGACAGCGUGGAUUCCAUAUUCAAGGACGGGCCGCUACAGGCAGUAAUACACCAGGUGUCUCGCAAGGAGCCACUACCGAAACACCUCAAGACCCGCCUCGCGGCCGGUCUCCAUCUAAAGCUCCGUCACAAUCGCAACAAGCAGCUCAAUCACGAUCGCCCUCGCCAGACCGGGGUUCUCGAGCUCAUUCGCGCCCUGCGGACCUUAUUGACGAGGACGAGAAGCAAGGCCAACGAGAUAUGAAACGCACAGAUCGUGUGCAGGAACCUCCUUUGACUGACCGCCACUCCCGCUCUCCAUCAAGAAUGUCGUCUCGUCGCUCUUCACGACGCAGACACCGUGAAAGUGACCGAGAUCGAAGAAAUGGACAUCGAUCAAAUCGGAGCCAUCGUCACCAUAGCCGAAGUGACAGCCGCAGCCGCAGCCGCAGCCCGAAGAAGAAUGGGGACGGUCGAGUUUCUGAUCGACUGCCAUUGAUCGCUGAGGACAAUCAGACCAACGGCCACGGCAAAGUAUCCUCCGAUGCGGGAGAUCCCCGGGAUCUUGCAAGCCGAAUCAGCAGCAAUCAUCGGUCCCAUAGAGAUCGGCCCAGCCGGCGCGAUGAAGACCGGAACCGAACUGGAGAUAACCGGACUGGAGAUAGCCGGCGUCGAGACCGCGAGCGAGACCGGGAUCGGGAUCGGGAAAAACGGGAUCGGGACCGGGUUUCUGAACGUGACCGUCGCCGGGACCGAGAUCGGGAUCGUGAUCAUGGUCGAGACCGCGAACGCGAGCGAAACCGAGAUCGAGACCGAGAUCGGGACCGAGGCAGAGAUCGAGAAGAAGAUCGCAAGCGUCGCCGUGACCGCUCAGAGUCCGCCGAUGCCGACAAUCACACUUCUCGGCCCCAAGCGCGUCGUGUAAAGCGUGGCAAUGAUGACCGAGACCGAGACCGAGUACAACAAAAAGCAGCAGCACCUGCGGCCGAGCCUGAGAAAGAUGCCUAUACCCUGGAGCGCGAGGCUCGUAAUCGCGAGCGCAUGCUCCGCGAGCAGCAAAACCGCGGCAGCGCCAAAUCCAAUACAGUCAAGCCCGGCCGUCGGGAUAGCCGCCAGGAGCGCCUCGUAGGUGGGCGGCGCAUCAAUUACAAGUACGAGGACGAGCUCUAG